AUGCAUUUCAGAACUGUGGCUUUCGUGGUCGCUUCCUUAACCUUGGCGCAGGCUCGCCCAGAUGCACACUUGUAUCGUCGUGAGUUGGGAAAUGAUACAAAUGGUCAAGGUGGACCCAACCCACCCCCAGCUGUCUUACCGGAUACAUUGACAACUUCUACGCAAGCUGCCGCCGUUAGCGACCCUCCUGUUGCGGUUGUGAACCCACCUAACAAUGCGGUUGUCGGCCAACCAUCUGGUGAACCUGCUCCAUUGCCUGUUGUCGAUCCAGCUAUACUCUCCACGACUACCAGUAUUGCUGUGCCCGUGGUUGAAGGACCUGCACCACCCACCACCACCACCAGCACCAGCACCAGCAGUACGUCCAUUGAAGAAAAGCCCGCUUCUACUGCCACAACUACACCUCCAGCCGUUGUGGAGGUGGUUGCUCCCUCAAGUUCCGAAUCGAAAUGGUUGGACUGGACUUCUUCUUCAUCGAGAACUGCGGGUGCUGCGACUUCUCCCACUACAGCUACAACCUCUAAAUCCGUUGCUGAAGAGACAUCUUCAACCACCACUUCAACAACGACUACGAGGGAUGUGGCUGGUGAAACCACUUCUACAACGAGCGCUGGUGCAGAGACUACCGAGACUGCUACCACCUCAACCACCACCACCACCACUACUAAGAAUGUCGCUGAUGUAACUUCUUCAGCUACAACUUCAAUUUCAGCUACGACAACGACGACAACGACGACAACGACGAUAAAAGACAUGGCCAAGGAUACCACAUCGACCACGACCACGACCACCACGGGCGCGUAUGAGACCACUUUGUCGUCAGUCACGACCAACAAAAACGUGGCUGAAAAAACAACGUCGACAUCAACGUCUAGCUCGACUUCAAGUACCACGAGCAGCGAAACGAUGGUUGAUGCGGCCACGUCUUCAACCACCACAAGCACUACCACCACCACCAGGCACAGAGGGACGAAGCCCAUGGAGUCAUCUUCAGCCACUAGUACGACGAAGGCAGUUGUAGAUGGUGUAACUACCUCAUCAAUUACUUCGGAGGUUGACAUGACUUGGCAAGAUUGGGAAUCUUCAACCACUCGGCGAGUCCACACGAAUAUCGAUGGUGCUGGUUCCUCCAGAACCACGACUAAUCGCGAAAUCACUAAAACGACAGAUGAUACAAAGGGGGCCCUGAGUACUUUCAAGCCCACAGAUAUGCAAAGCUCGAUUGUUGAGCCAGUAACCAGUCCGACGAUUAUCCGGAAACCCAGCACGAACCAACUCAACGGGCAGACGUCGAGUGCCGCCUCUAUGGUAAGUAUUACGGUUGUGGAAUCGGUUGCGACCAUGACCAUCGGCUCCGGCCCAACGGCUUCGCUGAUAACAACAACAAUCCGAUUGACCAAGACCUUCACCGAAACGAGCACUAUCUUUGCCACUAUCACACGCCCAUCACCAACUGGGAGACCAGAUGGCCCAGGGGCACCAGUCGGCAACAUAGCUGUUCCGACCAACGUAAUUUCGAAAGGCGAUUCAGCGACGACUGUGACCAUUGUUUCCACGACUACACAGACUGUCUAUGUCACGCCUAUUACCAAAGAGCCUGUGGCCUCAUGCAGUAUAUCUUAUGUUACUGUCACUGAAGUGCAGAAGAGCACCAUCACUGUAACGGCAAGCGCAACUGGAGAACGACCACCUGUCAGGCCGUCUCCACCUGUUGCAGUGGUCCAGCCGGAAGAAAGCUCAACCUCGUCGAGUCAGUCUCCUCCUGGGUUGACGAGGAAGCCGUCUCGUUCAAGCACCCGUGCUUCAUCGUCAACGUCCACUUCUAGCUUGAUUACCUCUUCGGCGGUCACCGGCCCAUUUCCAAUGAAUAAUGGGACAAAACCGGAGAACCUCAAUGUGGCGAGCUCCGGAUUCUUGACACUCUCGAAGGAAGCUGCACCAACGGGAUGGAAACACUGA